CUUCCGUUGCCGCUGUCGUUUAAAAAUCGCAAACUUUAAAAAUCCAUCUUGAAGGCUUUCGUGGACGCUAUAGGACCACUCCUGUGUGUGUAAACGAGCGAGAAAGCUAGUUUUUAAUAUAUCCAGCAUAGGGAAAUUGUUAGCUCUAUUUCAUUGCAUAUUCUGUCUCGCGCGCGUCGUCUCUUUUUUUUCCUUCUUCGAGCCGUAGCGUCCGUCUUGCUCUCGUACGUCGCCGAUGCGAGACGAUCGACCUUUAUAGGAGCCGUUUCCUGCGCAUACAAGCUUUCUCGAGUAGCAACUAAGUAUACUUGGCCGAUAGCCUCCUCGAGUCUCGUGAGCGCCAUGUAAAUAUCAAGAGAUGUCGACUUGGCGAUAACCCCAAUAUUUCGACGCUACGCAGAUUAUUUCGAAGCUGAUCAAACGGCCAACUGCUUGGGCCUGCCAACUUAGAGCAUUGCGAUAAACACCAAUCAUGGCUGUCAAUGUUUAUGCAACAAAUGUAACAACAGAAAAUCUUAGUCGUCAUGAUAUGUUGGCAUGGGUCAAUGAUUGCCUUCAAUCAUCAUUUGCAAAGAUUGAGGAACUCUGCACUGGUGCAGCAUAUUGUCAGUUCAUGGAUAUGCUCUUUCCAAAUUCAGUGCCCUUGAAAAGGGUAAAGUUCAAGACAAAUCUUGAGCAUGAGUAUAUACAAAACUUUAAAUUACUCCAAGCGGGUUUCAAGAAAAUGAAUGUUGAUAAGAUUGUACCGAUCGAUAAGCUGGUAAAGGGCAGGUUCCAAGACAACUUUGAAUUUUUGCAAUGGUUCAAGAAAUUCUUUGACGCAAACUAUUCAGGAGAAUCUUAUGAUGCCCUUGGUAUGCGAGGAGGUGAACCAUUAGGCAGUGGUGGUAAUAAUGUACCACGAGGUGGUGGAAUGGUUAAAAGAACUGCUCCAGUGCCAUCUAAACCAGCUGCUAGGACCGGUGAAGGACUACCAUCUUCAGUCCAACUACCUGCAAAAACUAUACAAAAAUCUAUAAGCAAAGCUGCACCAACUCGCGUUCCACAAAAACCAGGCCUUGGAAAUCGUGAUGGAAAAGUUGAUGAACUCUCUUCUCAGAUAAUGGAACUCAAAAUGACUGUUGAUGGCCUGGAAAAAGAAAGAGACUUUUACUUUGGUAAAUUAAGAGACAUUGAAGUUAUGUGCCAAGAAUGUGAUAACAGUGAAUCACCUCCUAUUGUGCAGAAAAUAUUAGAAGUCUUAUAUGCUACAGAGGAUGGUUUUGCACCCCCUGAAGAGAUUGAAGGAGACGAACAGGAUGAUGAUAAAUAUUAAGGCAAUUGACUUAUGGUUCGACCAAGAUGCAUAGCGGAGCAAUAGAGUCAAGUCUGUUUAAUGACUAAUGCCGAUACAUGAAGCAUUAUCCUCAUAUGAAUCGUUGAAUGUUUGCGCGUUUUUUUUCUUCUCGUUUUAUUUUUCAACGAUACAGUGAAAUUUAUGUUUGCAAAAUGGAUAUAUUAAUGCAUCAGUCUUGAAGUUGCUUUGUAUUAAGUCGUAGAAGAAAGAAAACCGAUUACUAAACUAAAAUUGUUGGGCUUGUUAUAUCAGUGUGACAAUGGUUUGAAAGAAAAAAAAAUUGUACUCAUGACAAUUCUAUUUUGAAUGUGAUUGUAAAAGUCUGUUUCUUGUAUUUCUGGUAUUAUUUUUACUUAUUGCAAAUAGGUUUUUGAACUCAUUUGCGUUUAUAAUAUUCUCAUCGUAUUAUGUAAAAAAAUAAACUUUUUUUUAAAUUUAGUUACAACUUUUUUAUUCAGAUGUAUGAGGUUUGAAUUUAUAUACUCAAAUUGAAUGAAAAUGAGCUCAGAAUACUUAUAUUUUGACACUUUGAAUAUUUUCUUUUUCAAAAUUAAUUUAAGCUAGUUUAAUACUUUUUCAUACAUGUUUUGCUCAAGUCGUUUUUUACAUAUUUUAGUUUUACUCAUUUAGUUUUGAAUAAUCGUUGACAAUUCUCAAUAGUGUAAUCUCGUUUAUAAAAGAUAGCUUUAAAAAUAUCCAAUUAUUUUAAAGCUAAAAGUAUAACUAUUUUUCAUAUAUGAUUCUUUAAAAUGCCUUGCCUUUCUAGUUUGAUCAGAGUGUAAAAUUAUAAUCUCGAAAAUGUGACCUAUUAUAUCGUGUACAGAAAUUGAUAAUAUUAAAAAAGUGUUUAACACUAAAUAUAAUUGGGUAUUAUAUAGCCAAAGGAAUUAUUAUCUAGUAAAAAUUUAUUCAUACAGUCAAAGUUAAAAAUUGCUGUUUUCAAGAGAAAAAAUCAGAAAUCAAGAUAGACAAGUUGAAAUUUGAAAAUGGCUUUACCUGCAUGUAUCGUAUAUUACAUUAUAUGAAUUUAUUUCACUUGAAGUUUUUUACGAGAUCUGAUGUUCAUUGUAAGACUAUUAAGUGACGUAUCGAAUGCAAGUUAAAGAAACUUAUUGUGUAAAUUAAAAUAAAAGUAAGCAUGAAAUGUCUUCAGCGCUACACAGUGAACGCAUCAAGAUUUCAUGAGUGUAACGUAUUCUUUCGUGUUUAAUAGAGACAAUGAUAAUACUUGCAUUACACAUUUAUAACAUGAGAAAGAGUGAAACUAAACGUAAAAAUGCUUUUCAACUUAAAAUUUUAACUAUGUAAUAAUGAAAGUUUAAUAAAAGCCGAUUGUAAAAUGA